AUGUUUACAUCGCAGCGACAACUUCGACAAAAUGGGAGCCCGAUGUCAUCAUCACCACGUUCAUCACUACAUUCAUCUGACAAGGCGUCGCCAGCAUCCGGCUCUCCGGCCUCGAAUCCCAGCUAUGGAAGGGACUUGCGAGGCCUAGUAGGAAUUGACAUCCCUACUAACGAGCCGGCGCUCAACAGGGCGAACAGCAGCGAUACCCUCUAUUUCAGGCCCAAGAAGAUCUAUAAGAUGGACCAUGAGCACCCAUCACGAUCUACUUUGGUACAGCUGCAUACAAGGUCGCGGCCGGACGUUUCCACCGGCAGCCACGUAAACGCUGAUAUUGAGCGUGGAGGAGUUGAGUUGGAAGAUUCGUGUGGAAAACGAUCUUUAUACACUAUGGGGGCGGAAUACGUCCCAGAUUUAGACUUCACAAAGCUAGUGGAUGAUUGGCAAAAAUCCAGUGACGAUUUGUAUGAAUUCAGAAGCAGCGCCACCCCACAGGUGGAAAGCAAAGACGAUGAUAAGGGCAAUUAUGAACUUUGGAAUUCUCCAGAUGCAAUACUGGCCCGAAACAAACUUCGAAGAGAUAGUUUUUUUCAAGAGAAUAGCGAUUCAUUAAGUCCAGAGGGCUCUCUUUUAUCGAGAGACCUGCACUCUAAGGUUAAGCCUAUCCCUCUACCUAGGAGCAGCCAACCGAUAUUUACGCCCCUCUCCAACCUAGAAGCGGAAAGAAGGUCCUCAUAUACAACUAAUAGCAACAAUAAUAGCAUAACACAAAAUAACAAAUUCUCCCUAGCCAAACUAAAAUAUUCACUUCCAAGUCAGAGCUCUGCAGUACCUGCAUCCUUUGAUUCGAACGCUUCAUCACUAAAUUUUCUUCCAACAACCACAUUGUCAACGUUGUCAGAAAUGCAAAUAAGCCCCAACGAUAUGAUAGAUUUGAUUCAGAAACUUCCUAGGAAUUUUCUAAACUUGCCAUACUCGCAAAGGAAAAAAGUUAUUAUUGAGCAUGCACCCUACCGGGACUACAAAGCCAUGAUGUCAUUAGUGAAAAAAUUCAUGCUAACCUCUUCUAGAAGUAACUUUUCUCUUGCUGGAUUUGCCAAUAAUGCUUCAGUUACAGAGACUACAAUAAAUGAUAAUAACGUCAAUAGCAGGAACCAAUCCAACACCAGCAAUGACAACUACAUAAACACGCGUCCACCACAGCGUUCUAGACACGGCUCCAUUGCAUCCCAAUUUUUAAGCUCUUUUUCACCUUCCAUGACGUCUAUAGCUAAAAUGAAUUCCAACCCGUUGAGUGGAAGUGCUAGUGGUAGCGGAAGGCCAGACGAUAAGGGCAUGGAGAUACUAGGUCACCAAUUGGGUAAAAUUAUAGGCUUCGGGGCGUGGGGUAUCAUACGUGAAUGUUUUGAUAUCGAGACUGGCGUAGGGAGAGUGAUAAAAAUUGUGAAGUUCAAAGGACAUGAAAAUGUUAAGAGGCACGUGUUAAGGGAAGUGGCCAUAUGGAAAACUUUGAAGCACAGUAGAAUACUCCCUCUUUUGGAUUGGAAACUUGAUGAAAAUUAUGCAAUGUACUGUCUGACAGAAAGAAUUAACGACGGUACUUUGUACGACUUGGUGAUAUCCUGGGAUGAAUCCAAACGCUCUAAGAUACCAUUUUCAGAGAGGUGCAGAAUGACCAUCUUUUUGAGUUUACAGCUACUAUCUGCUUUAGAAUACAUGCAUUCCAAGAAGAUUGUCCAUGGCGAUAUAAAAUUAGAAAAUUGUCUCCUACAAAAAGGACCUAAAAAAUCGGACUGGAAAGUGUUUUUAUGUGAUUUUGGAAUGAGUUGUCAUUUCGAUGACAAACAUCUCUAUCGUAACGAUAAUUCCGAUGAAAAUAUCACCAAUAGUAAUAGACGUAGAAAAGGGGAAAAAAAUGACGAACAAACAACUUUAAUAAAAUAUCCCACGACGAAUUUUUUACCCGAUGACUUGAGCAACGAUUUUGAUGCGAAUGAAGAUAUAAAAUACCAACUUGAAAACCGGAAGCAUCAACCCUUUACAGCAAAAGAACUGAUUAGCGCCAGCUCGCAUUCUUUAAAGCAUCUCAACCAAGCACCUUCUUCUUCUUCAUCAUCUAAUCUAUUUCACAAGCCAGCCUCUCAACCUCAGCCGCAACACCGAUAUCCGUUCCAUGGAAGACACAAAACUACUGUUUUUCCAAACCUGGGGCCUGAACCUUCUAAAUACAUCGGAUCUUUACCUUACGCUUCUCCGGAGCUUCUAAAAUACUCGGAUACAAGACGUGCAAAAUCUAUUGAAAUGCAUAUUUAUGAAUCGCCAGAUUCUUCUCAAUCAGAAAUUAGCGCGGCGUCGUCAUCGUCCUCUAAUCUGUCUUCUAUACCAUCGACUUCAAACGCUUCCAUUAACGCUAAACCUGAUGUCGGUACAAACUCGUCAUCUGGUUCCUCAACCGGCAUAGAAUGCAGCAUUUCUCCGUUAGGGCCAGCGUCUGAUAUAUGGGCCUUGGGGGUAACGCUGUAUACCAUGUUGGUGGGCAAAUUACCAUUCAAUCAUGAAUUUGAGCCUAGAUUACGCUCUUUAAUAAAAGCAGGUGAAUUUGAUCGGUUUUCUUUAUCCCAAGUUUGUAAAUAUGACAGAAAACGAACUGAAGAGACGAUUGGCGAAGGAUUGUAUGAUACAGUCAUCGGAUGUUUGACAAUUGACUUGAACAAGAGAUGGGAUCUGCAAAGGAUAGAGAAGGUCAUUCAAAACGAAAUGAGAGUAAGCGAAUCCAUUUAUGAUGAUAAUGACUUAUGA